UCUGUACAACUGAUAAGCAUUGUCAACCAAGCUGGUUUGUGCUUAUGUGUUCAAUAAUCGCAUCAGUCAAAGCCACAUGAGAUGUGUUACAUUUAAUGAAAUUCGAGCAAUUUACAUUGAGAUUUACGUGUCCUCGUGAAAAAAAGACCCUUCAGUAGACCUAAACAGAAAACACGCCUUUAACGUCACCCGCACUUAAAGGAUGCUUCUAGUGCUUCGCGACUGCUGGGCUGUAUCCCUAUAGAGAAAUUCGUGAUGUAAGUUAACUGAGUUGGUGGAAGGACGCCUAUGCGGACGCCCUGUUGGAUGAAUAAAAUCAGGUCGUUUGUUAUGACUUCUUUGGGUGCAGACAUAGCAUUUAACGCACGUGAUGUUACACGGUGGGGAAAGAACAAUGUUGGUGAACAUCCAUCGGUUCGAAAACGUUCAACUAUAGUCCUGAUAGCUCCUAUUUAUUUGAGGAGAUAUGGUGGAUUUGGAGAGCGAAGUACCCCCUCUUCCGCCAAGGUACAGAUUCAGAGACCUACUCCUCGGGGACCAAACUUGGCCAAGCGACGACAGAAUGCAGAUUGACUUUUACGUCAAUGAAAACACAUUCAAAGAGAGACUCAAACUGUUCUUCAUCAAAAACCAAAGAUCAAGUCUGAGAAUCCGUGUAUUCCAUUUCUCUCUAAAGGUCUUAAGCUGCAUUUUAUACAUAUGCCGAGUACUAGAUGACUCAGAGGAUGGAUAUGCAUGUUGGGGCUGCCCUACUCAAAACUAUACUCUAUUUAUGAUAGACUGGGCUCCGGUGAUAUGGGUUGAAAGGAGUGAAACGAGUCUAUGGGUCUUACAGGUGUUUCUUGCACUGAUAUGUCUUUCUGAAACAAUCUUGCUGACCUAUUUAAGUUACAAGGGUAAUAUAUGGGAACAAAUCCUUCGGAUCACAUUUUUGUUGGAGGUGGUAAACACAGUUCCCUUCCUACUCACAGUCCUGUUCACUCCUCUCAGAAACCUGUUUAUUCCUGUGUUCCUGAACUGCUGGUUAGCAAAGUAUGCUUUGGAAAACAUGAUUAAUGAUCUUCAUCGAGCCAUCCAACGGACCCAGUCAGCCAUGUUCAAUCAGGUUCUCAUUCUGAUUACAACUCUCAUCUGUCUCAUGUUCACCAGCAUAUGUGGGAUUCAACAUCUAGAACGAGCUGGAAACAAGCUGUCAUUGUUUGACUCCUUCUACUUUUGCAUUGUGACCUUCUCCACGGUUGGAUUUGGGGAUGUUACCCCCAACAUCUGGCCUUCCAAACUGCUUGUGGUCAUCAUGAUAUGUGUAGCGCUGGUGGUUCUCCCCAUUCAAUUUGAACAGCUGGUCUAUCUGUGGAUGGAGCGGCAGAAGUCAGGUGGGAACUACAGCAGACAUCGGGCUCAGACAGAGAGGCACGUCGUCCUGUGUGUGAGCUCCCUCAAGAGCGACCUGCUCGUGGACUUCCUGAAUGAGUUCUACGCCCACCCCAGACUGCAGGACUACUAUGUCAUCAUCCUGUGUCCGACAGAGAUGGACGUCCAGGUGCGCAGGGUACUGCAGAUCCCGCUGUGGUCCCAGAGGGUCAUCUAUCUCCAGGGCUCAGCCCUCAAAGACCAGGAUCUGCUCCGAGCCAAACUGGACAACGCUGAGGGGUGUUUCAUCCUUAGCAGCCGCUGUGAAGUGGAUCGCACAGCUUCAGACCAUCAAACAAUUCUGCGCGCCUGGGCAGUGAAGGACUUCGCCCCUAACUGUCCCCUGUAUGUGCAGAUUCUCAAACCAGAAAAUAAAUUCCAUGUGAAAUUUGCUGAUCAUGUUGUAUGUGAGGAGGAGUUUAAGUGUGCAUUGCUGGCCCUGAACUGCAUCUGUCCGGCAACUUCCACUCUCAUCACUUUACUGGUGCACACCUCCACAGGCCUGGAAGGCCAGCAGUCACCCGAGGAGUGGCACAGAAUGUAUGGGAGGUUCUCCGGAAACGAAGUUUACAACAUUGUACUGCAAGAUAGUUUGUUCUUCUCAGACUACAAAGGGAAGAGCUUCACAUACGCCUCUUUCCAUGCACAUAAGAAAUAUGGUGUGUGUUUGAUUGGGGUGAGCCGCAAAGACAAAAGCAUUUGUCUCAACCCGGGACCCCACUUCACCAUGAGUUCCACCGAUACUUGCUUCUAUAUCAAUGUCACCAAGGAGGAGAACUCCGUCUUCAAAGCCCAGAGGCAGGAGGGCGGGCAGGGCAGCAAAAAGACCCACCUCCCCGUGCACAGCAUCAUCGCCAGCAUGGGCACUGUGGCAAUAGACCUCCAGGACACCAGCAGCAGCCGACCCAGCUGUGAUUCCACCCCAAACCUUCCAUCUGACUCCACCACGACAGGACGGAGGUGCAGCAUCGCGCCUGUGCAGGAGGUGUCAGACACCUCCUCCCUUCAGACCUGUGACCUCUCCAGUGACCAGUCAGAGGAUGAGACGCUGCCCUUCUGCGAUGACCUCUCCACCGAGGAGUGCUGUAGUGUUCCAGGGGGAAGAUUCAUCAAGGGAUAUCCUCUAAAUCUUCCCUACAUUGGAAGCUCUCCCACACACUGCCAUUUGCUGAAGGAGAAAGUACCAUAUUGUUGCCUGAGACUAGAAAAGGAAUGCACCCAUAACCAUUAUGAAGAUGCCAAAGCUUACUCCUUCAAGAACAAGUUGAUAAUAGUGUCAGCUGAAACAGCAGGAAAUGGGCUGUACAACUUCAUAGUUCCUCUAAGAGCUUCGUACAGGCCAAAGAGGGAUCUCAACCCCAUAGUGCUGCUCCUAGAUAACAAGCCUGAUGCAAACUUUCUUGAGGCAAUCUGCUGGUUCCCCCUGGUUUAUUACAUGGUUGGAUCAAUUGAUAACCUGGAUGACCUUCUGCGCUGUGGGGUCUCUUUCGCGGCCAACAUGGUGGUGGUGGACAAAGAGAGCACUAUGUGUGCAAAGGAAGACUACAUGGCAGAUGCGAAAACUAUUGUCAAUGUCCAGACACUGUUCAGGUUGUUUUCAAGCUUGCGCAUCAUCACUGAGCUAACACAUCCAGCCAACAUGAGAUUCAUGCAGUUCAGGGCCAAAGACUGUUAUUCACUGGCUCUUUCCAAACUGGAAAAGAAAGAGAGGGAAAAGGGUUCCAACCUGGCCUUCAUGUUUCGGCUACCAUUUGCUGCAGGGAGGGUGUUCAGUAUCGGCAUGCUCGAUUGUCUUCUUUACCAGUCUUUUGUGAAAGACUACAUGAUCCCCAUAACAAGACUUCUGCUUGGUCUGGACUCAACCCCAGGAUCUGGUUUCCUUUGUGCUAUGACCAUCACGCAGGAGGACCUUUGGGUCCAGACGUAUGGCAGACUGUACCAGAAGCUCUGCUCCUCUGUAGGCGACAUCCCCAUCGGCAUCUACCGCACAGAGCUGCUGGACUCCGAAUCCUGUGAGGUGCCGUGUCAGUCUCGCCAUGUGCUAAUGACCUUUUCAGCUGACAGCAGACCAAGUUUGAUUUUCUGUGACCCGUUGCGUCUUGUUUACUGUCUUAAGGUUGGAUUGAGCUCAAUAGGGCAUGUGAAUAGCUGCCACUGUUGAUAAGGUCUCCUCACGAUCAAUACGGACUCCAGAGAAUCCCUGGGAUUUAUU